AUGUCUCACAGAAAAUACGAAGCACCACGUCACGGUUCCUUGGGUUUCUUGCCAAGAAAGAGAGCUGCUAAGCAAAGAGGAAGAGUUAAGUCAUUCCCAAAGGAUGUUAAAUCUAAGCCAGUUGCUUUGACUGCUUUCCUUGGUUACAAGGCUGGUAUGACCACCAUUGUUAGAGACUUGGACAGACCAGGUUCCAAGAUGCACAAGAGAGAAGUCGUUGAGGCUGCUACUGUUGUUGACACCCCACCAUUGGUUAUUGUUGGUGUUGUUGGUUACGUUGAAACUCCAAGAGGUUUAAGAUCAUUGACCACUGUUUGGGCUGAACACUUGUCCGAAGAGAUCAAGAGAAGAUUCUACAAGAACUGGUACAAGUCAAAGAAGAAGGCUUUCACCAAGUACUCUGCUAAGUAUGCUUCUGACGCUAAGCAAAUUGAAACUGAAUUGGCUAGAAUCAAGAAGUAUGCUUCAGUUGUUAGAGUUUUGGCUCACACCCAAAUCAAGAAGACUCCAUUGUCUCAAAAGAAGGCUCACUUGGCUGAAAUUCAAAUCAACGGUGGUUCAAUCUCUGACAAGGUUGACUGGGCUAAGGAACACUUUGAAAAGGAAGUUUCAGUUGACUCUGUCUUUGAGCAAAACGAGAUGAUUGAUGUUAUUGCUGUCACCAAGGGUCACGGUUUCGAGGGUGUUACCCACAGAUGGGGUACCAAGAAGUUGCCAAGAAAGACCCACAGAGGUUUGCGUAAGGUUGCUUGUAUUGGUGCUUGGCAUCCAGCUAACGUUAACUGGACCGUUGCUAGAGCUGGUCAAAACGGUUACCACCACAGAACUUCUAUCAACCACAAGGUUUACCGUGUUGGUAAAGGUGGUGAUGAAUCUAAUGGUGCUACUGAGUUUGACAGAACUAAGAAGACUAUUAACCCAAUGGGUGGUUUCGUUAGAUACGGUAACGUUAACAACGAUUUCGUCUUGUUGAAGGGUUCUAUCCCAGGUGUCAAGAAGAGAAUUGUUACUUUGAGAAAAUCAUUGUACGUUGACACUUCAAGAAGAGCUUUGGAACAAGUUAACUUGAAAUGGAUUGACACUGCUUCAAGAUUCGGUAAGGGUAGAUUCCAAACCCCAGCUGAAAAGCACGCUUUCUUGGGUACCUUGAAGAAGGACUUGGAAAACUAA